CAUCGCCUCCUAUUCUGUGCUUUUCUACAUUCCUGUCUUUGCAUUGCUACUUCGCACCCAACUCAACCUCACGCCCUCGCAGUGGUUGUUUGAUUGCUACUCGCUCAUCCUCUUCGGAGCUCUUUUGACUACCCCGCCAGCCCCGCGAUCCUGCUGUAAAAAUGGUUGGACUUGGACCCCGUCCACCUCCCUCUAGAAAGGGUUCCAAGGCGGACAUCCCCAAGGAUCUUCUCGCUGAAGUGAGAAAGCUGGAAGAGAUCUUCACCGUCGACACCCAGAAGCUCAAACAGAUCACUGAUCACUUUGUGAGCGAACUUGCCAAGGGUCUUAGCGUCGAGGGUGGCAGCAUUCCCAUGAACCCAACAUGGGUUAUGUCUUAUCCUGAUGGCUACGAGACUGGUACCUUCUUGGCUCUCGAUAUGGGCGGCACCAAUCUGCGUGUCUGCGAAAUCACCCUGACAGACCGCAAAUCAGAAUUCGACAUCAUUCAGUCAAAGUACCGCAUGCCAGAGGAGCUCAAGACCGGAUCCAGCGAGGAGCUAUGGGAGUACAUCGCAGCCUGUCUCCAACAGUUCGUCGAGACUCACCACGGUGACGUGACCAAACUCGAACCCUUGCCUCUGGGUUUUACAUUCUCUUACCCGGCCACCCAAAAUUACAUCGAUGAGGGUAUUCUCCAGCGCUGGACCAAAGGAUUCGACAUUGCCGGUGUCGAAGGAGAGAACGUUGUGCCCAUGUUCGAGGCUGCCAUUGCCAAGCGUGGAGUACCCAUCAAACUGUCAGCCUUGAUCAACGACACCACAGGAACAUUGAUUGCUUCCGCAUACACCGACACCAAGAUGAAGAUUGGCUGCAUCUUCGGAACCGGCUGCAAUGCCGCCUACAUGGAGAACUGCGGUUCCAUCCCUAAGCUGGCGCACAUGAACCUGCCCCCUGACACCCCCAUGGCUAUCAACUGUGAGUGGGGUGCCUUUGACAAUGAACACAAGGUCUUGCCUCGUACAAAGUACGAUGAGUCCAUCGACAACGACUCUCCUCGCCCGGGCCAGCAGGCAUUUGAGAAGAUGAUUGCAGGUCUCUACCUUGGUGAAAUCUUCCGACUGGUCCUGGUUGACUUGCACGAUAACAAAGAGGUCCACGUCUUUGAGAACCAGGACAUUUCAUUGCUCCGCAAGCCUUACUCUCUGGAUGCAUCUUUCUUGUCUGGAAUUGAAGAGGACCCUUUUGAGAACCUCCAAGAGACAUAUGACACCUUCCAGACCAAGCUGAACAUCACUCCCACGGUCCCUGAGCUUGAGCUGAUCCGAAGACUGGCGGAGCUCAUCGGAACCCGAGCCGCCCGACUUUCCGCCUGCGGUGUCGCGGCCAUUUGCAAGAAGAAGAAUUACGAAUCCUGCCACGUCGGUGCUGACGGAUCCGUCUUCAACAAGUAUCCUCACUUCAAGGCUCGUGGCGCACUAGCCCUGCGUGAGAUCCUCGACUGGCCUGAGAAGGCCAACUCCAAGGGUGAUGACCCGAUAGAGAUCCUGGCGGCCGAGGAUGGUAGCGGUGUUGGAGCUGCUCUCAUUGCCGCUCUGACGCUCAAGCGAGCCAAGGCUGGCAACAUGGCGGGCAUUCUGCAUCCCGAGAACUUUAAAUAGAUAGAAAAUAUCUGUCCGACCUGAUGUCAUUUACAAAGAAAAAAAAAGUUCCCUAGGCAGAGUCUAAGAUAGAAAUAUUUUGUAGUUGAAUCUUGGCAAAGCAUUGUACCUGAAGACAUCUGAUUGAAGUCUGCUAUCUUAUUCAAGUUAACCCAUAAAGGUGCAUACAGGCAGUCGAUACUUGUCUAAUGUCCAGUAUCGUCGUCGGACGCCCUUCCACUCUCCUUCGCCGUCCUCAUCCAGUUUCUCCAUGUCAACAUCAAUCUCGUCCCAUUCAACAUCUAGACCAGCAUCUGCGCAGUGCAUCUCCACCACUCGUGUGUACACGUCGUAGCAUAUCCUUCGGUCUGCGCCGAGACCGUUGAAGAAGCUGAAUCGUCCCUCCUGAUCCAACAGGCCAGGGACAUGCUCCAUAAAGAACGUUCGCAGCUGUGAAUAGUCCUCCCCAAAGGUAUCAAAGUAGAUGGCAUCGUAAAGCUCGCCCUGCUCCAAGAGCUGCAGAACCACAUCUUGCCAUUUACCGGCAAAUACCUUGUAAGCACCCUCCUCGGGCCCGCUCUUCUCCCAUUCAGAUCCAAACUUGGAGUCGGGCUUGGCGAUGUGUUCCAAGACGGCCGGGUGCGCCUCGAUGAUGUGGUGUUUGGAGGGCUUGAGGUCUGCAAACAUGCCGUCUAUGAUGCCCAUGCCGAAGCCAAUGUUGAGGACGCGCUUGCCCUGCCGUUGGGCCGCUUCGGGGAUGAGGGCGGCGACGGAGCGGCGCAUGAUGUCGGUUUCCCAGGCCAUCAUGACGCCGUUGAGGUCGGAGUCGAGGAGCUUGUCAUCGUCGUAGGUGAGUUUGGAUUUUAGGUAUUCUUCGCUGGUGACGGGGAUUUCGUUGGCGUCGGGGGGGAUGAACUUGAGAGGCUCUUCGGCGUCUUGGGGCUUUGCUUCUUCGGCAGCAGCAGCAGCAGCAGCUUCUUCCUCUUGCUCUUUCAUGACCUCGUCGGCGUCCUCGUCUUCUUCUUCUUCGCCAGAAGAAAGCUCCUCGUAGCCGUCCAUCAGGGCAAACAGAAGUUCUGCGCGGACGCCGGCAUCGACACAGAGGUUAUAGAGGGCCUUGCGACCGAGUCGGUGGGC